AUGGCGGGGCCGCCGCCACCGGCACCGCGCCCCCCGCGCGCGCCCCGCCCCGGCACCGCGCCUGACGCCACUUCCGCCGCCCGCCCGCGCCCGGCGCGGCCCCAGCGGCGGAGCGGAGCCGCCGCCGAGAUGGAUAACAACGUGGUCCUCCUCAGCGAUUCGGAUUCGGAGGGCACGCCGCCGCUCCAGCCCUGCCGCUCCCGCCUCUCGCUGCCCGCCCCCGCCGAGAUCAUUGACCUGACCUGUGAGGAUGCAAACACAGACCCGAUGCCAUCAAGCAGCCUGGCCAUCAUCGAUCUGACUGAGGACAUGUGUAGCCUUCUCCACUCCACCCUUGGUGCUGCUCAGAACUCCAGAAACGCUGCCCCAGCAGCACACACGUCCCAUCCCCAACUCUGCCCUGCUGCAGAAAAAGAAAUGCAGGCAGUGCCAGAGCCAAGCCCUGCACCAGCAUCGCACAACACUUCUGUGAAGCUCAGUUCCACCGUGGUCACAGCAGAGACCAUGGAGAACUGCAGCUGCCUUUCUCCUGUCUCUAGGCGCCACAGCUGGAGCUCGGAGCAGGAUUACAGCACUACCACCUUUAACAGCAGCUUGGACUCGCAGUCAGACUCAGACUGCCCAUCCCCAUCUCCCCCCAGCCUGGACAGCAACAGCAGCAUGGGAGCUGAUGGCCCAGAGGAAGAUCCUCCCCAGCCCUGCCAGGAAAGGAACCUCCCCCCAAGGCUGAGCCCUGCCCCAACCAUUCCUAUAACACCAGGAAAGGCCCAAAGGUCUUUGCCAGAAGCAAGUGACUUCCCACCACACCAGCCAAUCCAGCAAGCCACCCCAGCCAGGACUGACGCUGACAGCAAGGCCUUGCUGGACAAACUGCACAAUUUCAGCAGGAGUGGAGUCCAGCACCUCUUCCUCCAAGGCAUAGCACCCAACAGGGAAACAGAGAAGCAGAAACCUGGGCUUAUCCCCAGUGGGAAGCUGAGCCUGGUGCACACCACCAUGGAGGAGAACAGCCUGGAAGGCACCUUAUAUUUCCUGAAUGAGUUUGUCUCCUGCCAGCACUGUCCCCCCAAAGAAAUCAUCUGCCACCUGAUCAAACAGAUGCUGUUGGACACCCAUGAAGGGGAAAUCCUGAAUGACAUCUACACGCUGCUGAUGAAGAUCCAAAUGCUCCAUCCAGCCAACAUCACCACGGUGGGAUGGGAGUGGACACUGGUGAAAUUCAUCAUGGAGCACCAGGAGAAGCCCCCUGGCUGGCUCCUCUUCCUGCAGUACGUGGUACAGACCCUGGAGGAUGACUUCCAGCACCAUCUGAAGUCACACCAGCUGCAGAAGUCAAUUGCCAAGAAAAUGCUCUCAUGUGAUUUGUGCUUCAGCAAUGUCAAGGAAGUGGUCGAGUGGUUGGUGGCAGCAGUUACAGGAGUUGGGUUCUCCCAGCCCCGGGAACAGCUGCAAGAAGCCAGGGCUGAACACAGCUCAUCUUCACCAAGGCUGGCCAGCACUCAGACAGCUCAGACAGACCAGGCCCAGACAGCUUUCUUUGCCCAAAAGACGAUGCUCCUGCUCCAGCGGAUGUUGUCCAUGGCAGUGGAAGUGGACAAAUCUCCCACCUGCAGCUCCCGUAAGAUUGCAGACGACAUAUUCCCGUUCAUACUGAAUAUCCCCCUGAGGAGCCAAAGGGAAGCUUUAUUAAACACCAUGGAGAGCCAGCUCCUGCGCUGCAGACUCCUAGAGCUGUUAUUCCAGCAUAGUUGUGACGUGCCCACAACAUCAUCCAUGUCUCUGGAAAAGGUCCUGUAUUUCCUGAGCCACUCCUCUGUGCUGCCACAAUUUCAGGAUGAAACAGCAACAUGGCAAAGGUGGGAUGAGAUGCUGCAGUACUUGAGUUUGCUGCUGCUGAGUUACCAUGGUGUAAAACUGGUAUUUCCUCUUGCAGAGCACCUGCGGACCUCUGCCAGUGACCGGAUGAAACUGAUUGCUCAGAAAGCCAAGCCCAGGCUCCAGGACAGCGAUGACAUCAGCCAGCUGGACGUUCAGCUGAAGAUGAAUGACUUCAUCAGCAGAAUGCAGAAGAUGCUGGGGGAGCCUUUUCCCCCACAAAUCCAGGAGAAAUUGUUCAUGCUGCAGGAGUUGUUCUUAAUUGUCACCGCUGCCUGAUGGAGACAACCACUGUAGCAAGGAGGAUAAAACUUUGUGUUCUUAAUAUAAAACCCCCUAUCUGAUACUGCAAUCUCAGCAUCAUGGGGGUUGGUUUAUACAGUUCUGUUGAAAGACGUUUGGUUUACAUUGUCUCAGAAUUGCCAGUCAAGUUUGCCUUGUUGUGCAGUUUUACAAAGCACUUUGUACUUUAAAAAAUGAGUUUUUUUCAUGUUUGCUAAGACACUUUUGUCUUGAUGCCAGCACUGCCCAAAGGAAGUCUUUUCCCCCACAAAUCCAGGAGAAAUUGCUCGUGCUGCAAGAGUUGUUCUUCACUGUUACUGCUGCCUGAUGGAGACAUCCACUGCAGGAAGGGGGACAAAACUUCAUGUUCUCAGUAUAAACCCCCCCCAUCUCAUACUGCAAUCUCAGCAUCAUGGGGGUUGGUUUGUACAGUUCUUUCGAAAGUUGUUUGGUUUACAUUGUUUCAGAAUUUCCGUUCAAGUUUACCUCAUGCAAUUUUACAAAGCACUUUGUAGACUUUAAAAAAUAAAUUCUUUUCAUGUUUGCUAAGA